AUGAAUGAUAAACCGAACAAAAAGCCUAAAAAAGAGAACGAAGAUGAGGGGACUUCAGAAUUCAAUUCUUUUGGCGGAACUUCACAGAACAGGAGAUCAGAAGGCCGUCGUGAUCAAGAAGCUCAUCUUACAUCGACUUCUGGACGCCGUUAUUCUGUCAAUGGUGGAUAUUUUCAAUUUUACGAGAAAGCGUUUGGAGGCAGCUCUUUGUAUGAAUAUUUUGCUUCUAUAAGUGAAAUUGAGUCUGGUAGACGACAUGCUCUUAUCAUAGACUGCGUUGAUGGAGGACAUUUCUUACGUGUCGAUAUUCGUAAUGAAGGUCCUGUAUUAUAUCAGUAUUAUCCGCCGGGUAGUAGUAAAAGAAGAAAUGAUGAGUUUGCUGAUGAUUACGGCGGAUUCAGAAGGCCAGAAGCUACGCGAAGUGCUGUGAGAAGAUCUGAAGCUGACCGUGCUGCAUUUGGAAGACCAGAAGCCAGUCAAAACACCGUCAAAAAAGCAGAAGCAGGUCAGAGCACAGACAAAAAACCAGGAUCUACACGAAGAUCAAGAACAGACGAUCCAUUUAAUUCUUGCUCUGAAGAUGAACAUUAUGGACUUGGAUAUAAACCGUCUAGAAGUGAUGAAUUUGGAUAUAAGCCAGCUAUAAAUGAUGGAUUUGGAUCUGAAGCCGGUAGAAGAGAUGGAUUUCGACCUGAACCCACUAGAAGAGGUGGAUUUGGAUAUGAACCCACUAGAAGAGGUGGAUUUGGAUAUGAAGCCACUGGAAGAGGUGGAUUUGGAUCUAGCCCUCCUAAAAGGACGUAUAGCCGUGGAGGAUUUGCCCGCGGUCGAGGCGGCUUCGGAUUUGAUUACGAUGGCUUUGGAGCAAACCCUACGAGGAUUAAAGAUUUAAAAACCGAUAGAAAUAGGAAUGAGGCCGAUGACUCAGGCUUUGGAGGCAGUCGAGGAGGUUUUAUCGGCGGAGGUUUUGGAUCUAAUUCAGGCAAGAGAGAUGAGCUUAAUGUAAGCGGAGGAUUAGGAGGUUUUGGCCGCGAAUCUACCGAAAGACUUGAAGGCUUUUUUGGCGGUCGAGGAGGAUUCUUGGGCGGAGGCUUUGGUGCUGACAACGAAGGACUUAGAGGCUCUAGAGGUGGAUCUGGAUAUGGCAGAGGAGGAUUCUCCGGCGGAGGCUUUGGUGCUAACGGAGGUGGAUUUGGAGGAUCUAGAGGUGGAUUUGGCCGUGGAGGUAUAACGGCUUCUGAAGCAAGAAGAACUGAAUCUGGAUUUGGCCGAGGAGGAUCUCUUGACAGAGGCUUUGGUGCUGUUAACGAAGGAAGAUUUGGAGGAUCUAGAGGUGGAUUUGGCCGAGGAGGAUCCUCUGGCGGAGGCUUUGGUACCGUUGAUGAAGGACUUAGAGGCCGAAGAAGUCGAUUUGAAGGUAUAACGGCUUCUGAAGCAAGAACAAAUGAAUCUGGGUUUGGCGGAGAAGGAUUCUCUGGCGGAGGCUUUGGGACCGUUGUCGAAAGACCUAGUGGCUCUAGAAGUGCAUCUGGAUUUGGCCGUGGAGGUAUAACGGCUUCUGAAGCAAGAAGAACUGAAUCUGGAUUUGGCCAAGGCGGAUUUGGAGACAGAGACACAAGAUUUGACUGUGGUGGAUUCAGAGGUGGUUAUGGUGGAGCUAGAGGUAGCUUUGGUGGAGCCAGAGGUGGCUUCGGAACUGAUCCAUCUCGUAGAGCAGCUAACGAUGGUUUAAGAAAAGAUGAAAAAUGCGUAUUCGGAUGUCCAAUCGACUGCAAGAAGCAUAAAACGUCACCUUCGGCUAAAAAACUGGCUACUGGUGGAUUCAAAGGAGUUCGUGAAGCUAGAACAUCUACUGUAAACCGAGAAACUGAUUAUGAAUGGCCAUUUGAUUAUCAAAGACAUAAAAAGCCAGCUUCGGGAAAACUGGAAAAUCGUGGAAUACCUAAUGAUGACGUCAGAAUCCGGGAUGAUGAAGACCGACCAGGUCCAAGUGGUUUUGGACGAAAUAAUGGAUCUGGAAGUCAGCCAGAAGUCGCGACGUCAAGACCUGAAGCACAGAAACGAGCAGAAUCGAGAAAUGAAGCCAAAGUCGAAGGUCUGAAGAAGGCUACAGAGAAGACCGAAGCUCAGAAAUCAGAUGAUUGUGAUUUGAGGCUCAGUUUUGGAAGUAAAGGUAAGUUGAGACAAGUUAUUCAUGAUUCUAAUUUUCAAAUUUUAGUCUAUGGAGCUACCAAGAAGCCAAAGGUUGAAGCUAGCCGUGCUUCUGAAGCCAAAAAUUCAGAAAAUGAAGGUAGAAGAAAGCCAGAAGUAAAUGUGAAGCUAGAAGUCAGAGGAACUAAAAAUGAAGCUAAAUUGAAGUCAGAAUCUAAAAAUGAAGCUAAACCGAAGCCAGAAUCUAAAACUGAAGCCAAAUCGAAGCCAGAAUUUCAGAAAGUUAUCAAAUUGGAAAAUCUGGAAUAUCGUGAGAAUCCCUUCAACUCUGGUUACUACGAAGAGGCUUCUGGAGACUUUUAUGAUGCUGAUUCCGACGGUCAUGCUGGAUUUGAUCGUCAAAAUGCAUUCGUUGAUUACUUUGUUAGCAACCAAGAUGAUGGUGAACAUGUACUCAAUAGAGAUAAUAUCAUUUUUGGCGCUAGAACUGAACAUGAUAAUAUUUAUGAAUCUGAAGGUGAGGAUGAACAUGUUUUCCAAAACGCCCGAGUAGGAAACCUUUUUGACGCUGAAAAUGGCUUAAUCGACUCAGAAGCUUCAACAUUUUCCGCAGAAGACGGUUUCGGCAAUGGUAAUGAAGACUUAUUCAUCAACAACGAUGACGUUGAUAUUGAUGAUGGAUUCGAAGACGAUAACAUUGUUAAUGACGAAUAUUCGGACGAUAUUGACCUUGAUGACGUUGGCUUCGAAGUGGAUUCACAAGAAUACGAACUUCCGCGAUUCUACCCUUCUAACAAUCGUCGACCGACUAUUGUAGUUGACAUUAAUGGUGUUGUACAUGAACAAGUUGAUGAUCAUACUCGUCAUGAUGAAGAAGAGGGCGGUAACGAUGUUGAAAAAGGUCAAGUAGAUGAAUAUAAAGGUUAUGUUGAUGAAGAAGAAGGACAAUGGCACGGUUUAGACCAAUGCAAAGCUUUGGGAUGUCAUGAUGAUGACGAUUAUUAUGACAACGAUAGAUAUGAUCAAGAUGACAUUUUUUGUCGUGACGCUGAACGUGAUCAAGUAGACGAACAUCAUCGUCAAGAUGUUCAAAGAACAAAAGCUUCAGCGUCGGCCAAAGUUGAAGAAUUGUUUGCAAAAGACGAUGAAGCAUACCACCAACCUCAACCAACGAUUACCUGGGACGAUUACGAGGAUUCGUACUAUGAUAAACCUGGAGAUUAUACUGAUUUUGACGAUCAACCAGGUCCAAGUGGAUUUAAAUUCAAUUCUGAAGUUCGGAAAGAACCAAAGAUGACAGCUGAAGUCAAGCCGGCUUCGACCCAAAGUCAGCGUGCAGAAAAACAGAAGGCCAAAAACGAUUCAGAAAGAAUCAACAUGGUUCCAACCUACAAUCGACGACCUCCUGAAUCCAAGCAGACGUCACAGAAAGCUAAACGAUCUUCUGGCGAUGUUUUAGACUGUUAUGAGGACGAAUAUCGACAGAGAAUGAUGAAUCAAGAAAGUGUUAAACGGCUUCUGAAGGCCACUUUCGAUCUACAGCCUGCUGAACAUAACCGUCAGCCAAACAUUUCUCAUCAACGAUUUUCAGAAGCUUUGCGAGCUGCUGAUGCAUCUAGAAGAUUAGCGAAAUUUGAUGAAGCUAAAAGACGAUCUGAAGAGAAGUUUGAAGUCAAAAAACGAUCUUCAGAAUCAAAACGUCAAUCAGAAGCACGAAAGCCGCCUUCAGAAUCUAGUAAUCCUCUAAGAUCAUCAAAAAGUCAUCAUCGUGCGUCUGCUGAAGACGAAAUCUACAAAACGAUGAAGGAUCUACUUCAAAUUCAAUGUGAAGCCGCACGUUUAUCAAAGAAGCUUUAUCGUGCUCAAAAACAGAAACCUGUGGCAGGUGGAAGUGAGAUUCAGAAGAAGAAUGAAGAUAAGAAGCGAAUUGACGAUCAGUAUCAAGUUCAGACGCGAAAUGACGAUCAGUAUCAAGUUCAGAAGCCAACUACAGCUCAAAUUCAAUCCGUUCGGAAGCCGAAUGAAGUUGAGAAGAUGAAGAUUCAGAAGCCAAAGACAUCAAAAAUUACACUGGAAACCUUGAAGAGCUUAUUUUCGAAGGUCGACAACUUGUCACACCAGCUGAACGAUGUAAAACAGCAAAUUUAUGGUGUUGUGCAGGAAUUGGAAAUGGAAGGUAAGUUGUUUUUCUUUGAUUUUUUUGAAGUUUAGGUAAUAAUGAUGGACUAUAAUGACCAGAAGAGACAAGUUUUUGUAGAUUUGUUACCUAAAAUCUUAUUUUUUAAAGUUUCAUACUUAAAAACUCGAUUUUGCUGAAAUUUGUUACCUAAAAUACUAUUUUUUCUAAAAAAUUUUAUUUUCAGCACCAUCAGCUUCUAAUAAUACUGAACGACCAACAAUCUCGGGCCAAAGCAUCAGUACUGGUUCACCAAACGAUUUUGACGUGAUCUCUGAGGUUGAUCAACAUGGUGAACAAGAAGAUGGAAAAACUGUUGAAAAUGGUGAUGCUCACGUUGAUGUAUAUGAAACCGAUGAAGUUGAAGGCGUUUUGACGGAUCUAGGACUCUCAGUAGAUAGUGACAAUGAAAGAAUUGGUCAUGAUUCUACUAGUGGUACUACUGGUACAGGGAAGGCUGCUCCAUCGACUUCCGGAGCCAAAGGUCAACCUAAAUCAACAUCAGAAGACAGAAACCCGUUUGCAUCAACUUCAGAAUCUAGAAGUCAAUCUUCGUCGUCUUCAGAAAGCGGUCGAUCGUCCGAAUUCACGAAGAUUGAUAAGGAUUCAGAAGACACUACGUCGUACGAAGAUUUGGCCAACGAUUCCGAAUACCGUGGACCACCUAGUUUGGCUACGAAAGAGGAUUACGACAAAUGGCUACACGAUGAAAAGGAGAAGAACAAGAAGCGCGAUUGA